UCCCCCUUUCCAACUCAACAAAAGCCCCCUCUGCUUCACUCCACCUACCUUCCGUCCCAAGAAUCGUCCAUUAUACCUUCUCCCUUUCCUACGGACUCUCUCUCUAAGAACUCCGGCUGAUGGAUCGCCGGCAUUCCUGACAAUGCCGCCGGAACAACAGUAUCAGCUACAGAGCCACCCCGUUUUGCUCCCCCUUUUCCUCUUAUUAUUUCUCUUGUUGGAAGGCGGUUCGGCCACGAGGUUCGACUUCCGGACCCUGACGCUCGGGAGUUUGAAGCUUUUGGGCGACGCCCAUCUCAAGAAUGGCAGCAUCCGCCUUUCACGGGACUUGCCUGUCCCCAACUCCGGCUCCGGCCGCGCCCUCUACGCCGACCCCGUCCGCCUCCGCCACCCCUCUACCCGCCUCCCCCUUCCCUUCUCCACCUUCUUCUCCUUCUCUAUUACUAAUCUCAACCCCUCCUCCAUCGGCGGCGGCCUCGCCUUCCUCCUCACCUCCGACGACCGCGCCCUUGGCGACGCCGGAGGCUUCCUCGGUCUCCUCAAUGCCUCCGCCGGCGCCGGCGCCGGCGCCCCCUCCGUUGUCGCCGUCGAGUUCGACACCCUCAUGGACGUCGAGUUCCAGGACAUCAACGGCAACCACGUCGGGGUGGACCUCAACAGCAUGGUCUCCGCCCAGGCCGCUGAUCUGGACUCUGCCGGCAUCGACUUGAAGAGCGGCGACCACAUCAACGCCUGGAUCGAGUAUGGCGGCGCUGGCGGUGGCGCCGCCGACCGCGGGCUCCUCCAGGUCUUCGUCUCCUACUCCACCGUCCGCCCUGCCGAUCCGGUCCUCUCCGUCCCCCUCGACCUCGGCCAAUUCGUCGACGACUUCACCUUCGUCGGCUUCUCCGGAUCCACCCAGGGGAGCACCGAGAUCCACAGCAUCGAAUGGUGGAGCUUCUCCUCUCCCUCUCCCAGUGCCGUCCCCUCCCCUACUUCCCCGAAUCUCGACUCCCCCAAUUCCAACGUCUCCGCCCCUUCGCCGUCCGUCUCCAUCGCCGCGGCCGCGGGCCCGGGCAACGAGAUCGCCGUGGCCCAUUCGUCGUCGUCAUGCCAGAGCAACGGGCUCUGCAGGCAGGGCCCUGCCGCCGUGGCGGGGGUGGCGAUGGCAGGAGCCUUCUUCGUCGCUGCCUGUGCCGGCGUCGGCAUCUGGGCCUUCUCCCGGCGUGCCAAAGCCCUCAAGAAAUGGGACAGCUUGGUGGCGGCUUCGGAGAUUGUCAAGACCCCGAGGGAGUUCAGCUAUCGGGAGCUGAGCAUUGCCACCCGAGGCUUCGACCAAUCUCGGAUCAUUGGCCACGGCGCCUUCGGGACCGUGUACAAGGGCAUCAUCCCGGAGACCGGCGCGAUGGUGGCUGUCAAGCGAUGCAUCCAGAGCGGCGACGGUGAUAAUGGCGGAGCACAGGCGAGGUCGGAGUUCCUUUCGGAACUUUCCAUCAUCGCCAGCCUUCGGCACCGGAACUUGGUCCGCCUCCAGGGGUGGUGCUACGAGAAGGGGGAGAUCCUACUCGUCUACGACUACAUGCUUAACGGGAGCCUCGACAAGGCCCUGUUCGAGCCGGAGGCGCUGCCUCUGGCGUGGCGCCACCGGAGGAAGAUCCUGAUCGGCGUCGCCUCCGCCCUUGCCUAUCUCCACCGAGAGUGCGAGCGCCAGGUGAUCCACCGCGACGUCAAGUCCAGCAACGUCAUGCUCGACGAGGGCUACAACGCCCGUCUCGGUGACUUCGGCCUCGCCCGCCAAGUGGAGCACGACAAGUCCCCCGACGCCACCGUCACCGCCGGCACGAUGGGCUACCUCGCCCCCGAAUACCUCCUCACCGGCCGCGCCACCGAGAGAACCGACGUCUUCAGCUUUGGCGCAUUAGUCCUCGAGGUCGCCUGCGGCCGCCGCCCCAUCGAUGGCGACGACCGCCGGGCCGCCGCCAGCAGCACCCAGUGGUGCAGCAAUUUGGUCGAAUGGGUGUGGGGCUUGCACGGCGAGGGUAGAAUUCUAGAGGCGGCGGACCGGCGGCUGGAGGGCGAGUUCGACGAAGGGGAAAUGAGGAGAAUUUUGUUGGUGGGUUUGGCAUGUUCGAGCCCGGACCCGGACCUGCGGCCGGGGAUGAGGAGUGUCGUCCAGAUGCUGAGCGGCGAGGCCGAUCCACCCUUUGUGCCGGUGUCCAAGCCGUCCAUGAGCUUCAGCGCCAACCACCACCUCCUCCUCAGCCUCCAGGACAGCGUCUCCGACUACACUGCCAUGGGACUCAAUCUCUCCUCCUCCUCCUCCUCCUGCUCUCUUCGGAGCACACUCAGAGGUGGCGGCGGAGGGUCAUGACGUCUGCUCACCGGCACGUGAUAGGAUUCCAGUCCGCCUCUGAUUGUUAAAUACGGAAUAAAAAAAAUAUCAUGACUUGUAUAUUGUUUCGUAUUGGCGGACGCUGAUUUAAGCUUGGAUUUUAGCUCGGCGACGGAUAGGCUUUGUUGACGACAUUAUCCUACUUUCUACUAGGUAUAAAGUACUUAUUAUGCAUUUAUUACAGAUAUAUUUGCUUGAACGUGCUUGUUUAAAAUUAUGAGUGCAUGAUGCGGUGGGAGUGAGGGAAAGGCAGCAGCAUCAUGACGCUGUGCGCAGGUAUGGCGAUGGGGGAGGAGAGGUUGGGACUGGAUGGGGAUGGGGCCCGUCCUUUGGAUCUGGUGCUGCUGACAAGGAGGCGUUGCGUAAAGGGUAAGGGUGAGGGCGGCCGUGGAAAUUUGGUGCUGGUUUAAUCAUUGGUAUAUUGAAAUGGAGAACAAAUGGGAAGGAAGGGAACCUAGCCGAAGUCACGUGCCAUGAUGGUUCCGUAUUGCCUCUGUUGGAGGGAUAAGGUGGAAUUUGGUAUUCCGAUCUUUGGUUGGGAGGAAGAAGGGAAAACAUUUUUGGAGAAUUAUGUCUCCAUAGGUAUCUUUUUGAA